AUGGACGGACUUGCAUCUGCAGCAGAGCCUGUGCCUAUGGAGGAUGAUUCUGAGAAACAAUCGAUUAAAAGUGACAGUAGCGUCGAACCUGACUCUAGUCCUCCUAGUCCCAAAAUAUCUGCAAAGUGGAGUCCAACAGAAGCUUGCAGGCCCUCGGUUGAUGAUGCUCCCAUAUUCUAUCCCACUUUUGAGGAGUUUGAAGAUCCACUUGCUUACAUAGAAAAGUUGCGCGGUAAAGCUGAAUCAUUCGGCAUAUGUCGGAUCGUGCCGCCUGUUGAUUGGAAGCCUCCCUGCCCUCUGAAGGAGAAAGCAAUAUGGGAGAAAGCUAAAUUUACCACCCGGAUUCAGCUGAUUGACUUGCUUAUGAACAGAGAACCAAUUAAAAAAUCUACCAAAAGCAAGAAGAGGAAACGGAGAAGAAGCUCCAAAUUUGGAUACUCAAGAAGAAGAAAAAGAGAUUCAGGCUGUGAUGAUGAUUCCUCUGAUGGGGAAGAUAAAUUUGGUUUUCAGACUGGUCCAGAUUUUACCCUGGAAGAGUUUCAGAAGCAUGAUGAAAACUUUAAGGAAUCUUAUUUUCGGUUAGAGGAUCAAACUGGCUCCAAAGCCUCUGAAAGUAAGAAGUUUAAACCUAAGGUUAAGGACAUCGAAGGUGAAUAUUGGCGUAUAGUGGAGCAACCAACUGAUGAAGUAGAGGUGUAUUAUGGAGCUGACUUGGAAACAAAGAAAUUUGGAAGUGGGUUCCCAAAAUACUCACCAGGGUCUACUAAAAGUCUAGAAGAAGAUGAAUACUCUAAAAGUGGUUGGAACCUAAACAAUUUAUCCCGUCUGCCCGGAUCUGUGCUAUCUUUUGAGAGCUGCGAUAUCUCAGGAGUUAUUGUGCCAUGGCUCUAUGUUGGAAUGUGCUUUUCAACUUUUUGUUGGCAUGUUGAAGAUCAUCACCUUUAUUCCUUGAACUACUUACACACGGGUGAUCCAAAAGUGUGGUAUGGAAUCCCUGGAAACCAUGCUGCGUCCUUUGAAAGCGUGAUGAAAAAGCGUCUUCCAGAUUUGUUUGAAGAACAGCCUGACUUGCUACAUCAACUGGUCACUCAGUUAUCUCCGAGUAUCUUAAAAGAGGAGGGAGUACCUGUCUAUCGUGCUGUCCAGCGCAGUGGAGAAUUCAUUCUAACCUUCCCAAAGGCCUAUCACUCUGGGUUUAACUGCGGUUUCAACUGUGCCGAAGCAGUAAAUGUUGCACCUGUUGAUUGGCUGGCUCAUGGACAGAAUGCAGUGGAAGGCUACAGCAAGCAGCGGCGAAAGAGUUCAUUGUCACAUGACAAGCUUCUUCUUGGAGCAGCUCUGGAAGCUAUAAAUUCCCUCUGGGAGCUGGCAGUUUCAAGGAAGAAGACUCCUGCGAUUGUGAGAUGGAAAAGGGUUUGUGGUGAGGAUGGAUUGCUUACGAAGGCAGUCAAGAAGCGGGUGGAGAUGGAGGAAGAAAGACUGAAGCACCUUGGGGACAGUUUUAGCUUGCUAAAGAUGGAGGGAGAUUUUGACAUUAAGAAAGAACGGGAGUGCUUCUUCUGCUUCUAUGAUUUGCAUAUGUCUGCUUCAAGCUGCAAGUGUACCCCCAAUCGAUUUGCAUGUCUCACCCAUGCGAAGGAUCUGUGUUCAUGUGAAGGCAAGGGGAGAUUUGUCAUUCUUCGCCACACCUUGGAUGAGUUACGGUCACUGGUCAGAGCUCUAGAAGGGGAUCCUGAUGGCAUCGAAGCAUGGGCGCUCAAAAGCCGUGACCUCAAGGCCACAUCCUGUUCAAAGAGCCGUGGUUCAUCAGAAGUACAGCAGCGAGAACAAAACAAUCUUCAGUUGAAACAAGAUGGUGAUGAAGAUGGAAAUCACCAUGGUCAUGAAAGCAUCACUGAUAAGUCAGCUGUCACGGUUGUAAAACCUGGGUGCAGCGAGCGGGAUCAGAAAGUUGAAGGGAAGGACCAAGAGAUUGCAACCACUAGGUUAAAAAACUCUGUUGAGCUUCUGAAGUCUGGAUCUCUAAUGGUGAAAAAGCUGUGGUGCAGCAAGCAAGCCAUAUACCCAAAAGGAUUCAAGAGCCGUGUUAGGUUCUUAAGCGUACUUGAUCCAACAAAACUAACCAACUACGUUUCAGAGGUUCUGGAUGCAGGGCUUGUUGGUCCACUGUUCAGGGUCUCACUAGAAGAAUGUCCCAGCGAGAAUUUCUCGAAUGUAUCAGCUGAGAAGUGCUGGCAAAUGGUGAUACAAAGGCUCAAACUCGAAAUCAUCAAGAAAUGUGAUCAACCAGUUGACACUUUGACUUCUCUACAGCCUCUGGAUAGUAUUAAUGGGCUUGAAAUGUUUGGAUUUCUCUCCCCGCACGUUGUUCAGGUACUUGAGGCCCUUGACCCAAAGCAUCUAUUGGAGGAGUAUUGGAGCCCAAAAACAGCCAAAGUGUUUGGUGUUGAACUAACAAAAGAAGAAAAGGGUGAUACAGAGAAAGGAGGUGCUUCAGAUCCCUCUAUGGACCGGGACACAAGGCUUCUGCGUGGACUGUUGAAGAAGGCGACACCGGAAGAACUAGCAAUGAUGCAUGGACUUCUGUGUGGUGAGACACGCAACACCGAGCUUCAGGAAGAGCUCUCUUCUUUGGUGGAUAAGAUGGAGAAAAGUCCUUGA